AUGGCCUCUCCCUGGAUCUUACUGGAGAAGGACGUGUUUAACCCCCAGAAUGAGAGACUGCUGGAAAUUGUCCAUGUCUGGAAAACGGGAAAGAAGAGGAAGAACUCCAUCCUCUGUGUAGCUGUGGCUGCUUGUAGGCCUAUGCAGUUGUUCCUAGAGAAGGUAAAGAAGGCAGAUCGAGGUGAUCAGUACAAGAUGACUGACAGGUGGCCCUUAAAGGAUCUGAAGCUGGUAGAUGGGAAGAAUGUCAAUCAGGAAUGUCUGGAGUUUGAGUUGCAGUUUGAUAAGGUUUACAAGUGGACAGCUGUCAGUGCUGACGAGAAGAAUGCCUUUAUCAGAUGCUUGUGGAAGCUGAACCGACGAUACCUCUCCAGCAGCAUUGCAUUUGUUAGCAUCCCCUCCUGCAUGCUGGAAGGGAAACAGAGUCUACAAGAGGUUGGAAACGCCAGCGCAGAGGCUGGGGACCAGGCCGAGCACAGUGCCUACCAGGAGAUGACGCCAAAGGAAACGGCUGACGUGCUGAAGCUAAUGGAGGAGUAUGAGCCGAUAGUGAAUAAUUCCAUGGCCUUUGCAGAGAAGUUGAGCAAAGACCUCCAGGUGCUGGAUGAGGCCAAUCUCCAGGCCAUCAUCUCUUCCGAGAAGCAGGUGACACUGCUGAUGGGCUCAAUUGACGAGGCCCUGGCAGAGGUUGCCAAAGUGGAGGAGACCUUGCAAGUUUAUGAUGAGCUGCUGGGGAGCGUGAAGCAGCAGAUGGAUCACAUCCAGCAGGGGAACUCCUUGCUGCACCAGAUAGACUCCAACCAUGAGAAGCUCAUGAGCGAGAUUCUCUUCCUCACGAGUAAUCUGGACCUUAGCAAGAAGCACCGCCAGGCUCUGAGCCGGGGCGACCUCUCUAGCCCCAGCAAAGUGAAGGCCUGCAUUGCAGCAGCAGAAGCUCUCUCCAGCUGCAUGAACGUUCAGAUACAGCCGGGUUACCGGAAGCUGCAGGCCAUAGCAGAACAGUUGAUCAUGUUUGAAACGCUGAAGCAGAACUUUGAAAACAGUUUCAUCAGCCAUAUUACAAGCAUCUUUGAACUGCAGGGAAAUGGUCAAGUUCCUGCUCGAAUGCAGCAGGCUAGCAAGCUAAUUUCAUCCACCCAUGGGCCCUACCAUGACGAUCUGCUACCUUACACUCCACUUAUGGCCUGGCUGAAGAAUGCCAACCCGAUCCUGUUCCAUGACCUCCCAAAGGUCUAUGCCUGGAAUCUUAGCAGACUCUACGAGAGGGAAAUCAAAGCUUUUUUCGAGCUGGCCAGAAUGCUGCUGCUGGGAAGAACAAAGGAAUGUUUUCAAGAAGGUCUAGACAAGCAGGUGGCCUGUGGGAGCAGACAGCACCCUCAGUUCUGUCUCGCUGACAGCGGAGAAGGGGAAGAGGAUGAACUGGACAGAGGAAAUGUUGUCAAAAUGCUGGAGCAGGUGUUGAGGGAGCUGCAACCCCUGUGCAUUGCGGAGCAGAGGUUUAUUGAGAAAUUCUUUAUGCUGAGUCAGGAUGCUGCAGACCAAGAGGGGCUGGGGCUACCUGCCACAAGCAAGGGAGGGAAGGAUGUAGCGUUUCCUGAGAAGUCUCAUUGGCCCAAGACUAAGACCGAACUAGAAGAGCAGCCCACCCAGCUGCUGUCUGAAAUCUUCAGUUCCCUGGAGCCAGAGCUGAGAGGAUUUAUAGAUACCUGCAAUAAAGUCCAACAGUUUAGCUGCCUGCAGGUCCUGGUUACCCUGAAUGACUACAUGUUUGAGAUGCAGGGCUCUUCCGCAGCCACCUCCUCCUCCUUCCUCAAUGUGGGCCUCAGCAACAUCCUGCUCCUGGCCAAGAACAACUUCAACAAGUGCAUUUGUGUCCUGUGCAAAGAAAUCGAGGAAGCGAAGGUACCUAGCAGGGCUAAGGGCGGGAUCCUGCCUUUCGUCAGCCGCUUUGAGGAGUUCGUGAAUUUCUCGGAGGAUGUGUUCAGAUGGGCUCAGCGGAGAGGCGAGCUGGAUAAAGCUCACACCAAACUGGUGGGCAGCGUCUUCAGCAGCAUCAAUAGUCUGGCCUCAGCAAACCUGAAGGUCAAUACAGACAUGGUCAUGAUGGAAAACUUCCACCACAUCCACUGCUUUCUGUACCAAAAGAAGAUCCAGUGCUUGGAAAGCAAGAGAAGGGAAGCCAAGCAAAGGUACCGUGAGCACCUGGAGAGAUAUGUCACCAAGUACCUGGGACAGCCACUGGAGAAACUCAACCAUUUCUUCGAGGGGGUGAAAGCCCGUGUGGCUCAGGGGGUGAAAGAAGAGGAAGUGAGUUUCCAGCUGGCGUACAGCAAGCAGGAACUGCGGAAGGUGAUAGAAAAGUACCCUGGCAAGGAGGUGAAGAGAGCUCUGGAUACUCUCUACAGGAAGAUUCACAAGUAUCUCUCCCCUGAGGAAAACCUCCUGCCGGUGGUCUGGCGAGCCAUGGAACAGGAGUUCAUACGGCAGUAUCAAGAGUUCGAGAAUCUGAUCCAGCGCUGCUACCCAGGGUCAGGGAUCACAAUGGACUUCACCGUGGAGGACUUGCUGAACUAUUUUAUCUCCAUCACUCAGUCCAGCAUGUGA